AUGAUCGGUGGUUACCCCCCACUAACGCCAACAUUCGUUUCUUUCAUAAAUUCCAUGUCAUUAUUCCGCCUUUCUCUGUUUCUUCUGGCCGUAUCUGCGAACACGCAUUCGUACCAUGCUAAGAGAUCGCCUCCAUCGUCACUUGUACUCGAAUUCUCUUCCGAUCCGUGUCCUGUUGUACCUGGCUGCUCAUGCAUAAAUAAUGACGUGACUACUGUUGUAUGCCAUAGUGUUGGGCCGGAUACGAUCAACCAACUUGUGACAUUGUACCCUUCACUACGUUCCCUAUGUUUGGUACAGUGGACGGAGCGAGACUUCAGCCUGGAUAUCUUUACAUCAUUGGGUCUUCUUUCGAAUCUAUCCAUUAUCCAGAGCCAGGCGUAUUCGGUAUCUUUAUCUUUGCCAUUCCAAUCUGUAAUUCAUCUCGAUUUGAGCGAAAAUGAGUUCACUGAUUUUGAACAGUUUUGUAACUUUACUCGGAAAAUGCCUUCGUUAGUCAAUCUCUCUCUCAAUGAAAAUCGCUUCACCGAUAUUCCACAAUGCAUUGGGAACAUCUCUGUGAAAACAUUAAAUUUACGAAGAAAUAGAAUUGCAUUCAUAAAUGGUACAUUCAAUAAAUUCACACACAACAUUGAUCUCUCUCGCAACGUGCUUCGGUCAGCUUCCGGACUCCACGAGGAUGUGCUUCGUCUAAACUUGUCCUACAAUCCGUUGAAGGUUGAAGUCUUUCCUUCAUUCCCCUCAUUGCAACAACUCGACUUGUCUGGCACGAGAUUAACAGUAGCUCCUUCGUUGAAUGCUCCUAAACUGGUAGAACUGUUCAUGGAUUUCUCAACUAUUGAAAUUGUGGACUUCAAUAAAUGGAUUCUGCCGCGUCUACAAAGAUUAUCUUUUGUUGAUUCCCUUUUUCUCAAGUUCGUCACUGGACAGCUUCCAACGUCUGUGAGAGAAUUUUCAGCCACGAACACUCAACUUGCAGCAUUCCCGCAGUCUUUUUUCCUCAAUUCUUCGCUGCGUUUGAUCAACUUGACUGGAACGAAUUUCGAUUGCGAACCAUGUGUUCUACAGUGGUCUGUGCCCGUCACCCAUUUGGUAGCAAACAGAGUGAACUGUUUACCUGUCAGACGGCUAGAUAACUGUACGCUGGGAAUCUCACAAGGUGACGUAGGAACUGUCAGGGCUGAAUAUGGUCGAUCGGCCAUUUUGCCGUGUACUGUUUACGGCUCGCCACACCCCACUGUUGAGUGGUGGCUAUAUCGUCCCGCUACAUUUUUGGGCACAUUCGAUCCAAGUCCCAGAGGUCGAGUCACUGCAAACAAUAGUUGUUGUUCUGUGCUAGGUGGUGGAGCACUGCUUCUUUACAAUGUUAAUCAUUCAUCGGUGGAACGGUAUGUUUGUGUGGCACGACAGGAUUCUCGAGCAGUUAGCAGAAUUUUCCAUUUUAGACUAGACUACUCGAACUGGUACUCGUUGGAUUUGUUCAACAGCGUUUUUUGGGGAGGAAUCGCGACAGCGGUUCUUGUCUGCUCCUUCUCGUUCCUGCUCAACAUCACUUGGAUCCUGACAAGAAAGAGCAUCCUGUGGUGGAUUCAUCGAGCGGAACGGUUGUCUCGUGUACGAAAAAUGGUGGAAGCUAUGGAAAAAUAUCGUGUGCGGCAGAUGGAAGGAUUACACGAAAAAUAUGCUAGAAGAAUGCAGCUAGUGCGCGACAAUUAUCAUGCUCAAGUGGAGGCACUGCGAAUUUCGUACAGUUCGCAAGCGGAGAGAUUCCGCGACUAUCGUGCUGCUCAAAUGGAACAGAUGUCCUCGCAUUUGGAAAACAUCCGAGAAAAUUAUAACCAGCAGAUGCAAAGAGUCAGAGAAUACGGUUCUAGACGUGCUGAACAGUUAUGGGAGAGCUAUGAGCGGCAGGUAAACAGAAUGAAAGCGUUCAGCCUGCAACAUCGUUUGAAAAUGAUGAGGCAAUACAAAGUAAAGCAGCGGUAUCUGAAUAAGCUGCUGGAAUCGUUUCAAGAAUCUGCCGCGACUCCAGAUGCACUGCGAAAACAUGAAGAAGAGGUACGUGCUGCGCUAGAACUACCCGAUCCUCCCCCACCUGAUUCUCCCACGGAGGACCAUCCUCUAUCGCGUUCUUCUUCGUUCUAUUCCCUUCCUGAGUAUAUUAUCGAUAACGAUGGAGUGCUGAGACCAAGUCCUAUAAUUGGGAAAGUCAGGUUCACACCACACAACGAGGGUCUCUUGGAGAUGCGAAGGUCUCCUGUAGAUGCUGGUACCGAUUUCGGAACGCUUGACCCAGAGCUGCAAAAAGACAGCGAAGAUUGCCACUUCUAA